AUGGAGGAUCAAGGCAAUCCCGACGAUAUGCUACUUAGGCUGCUUAAGGAUCAAGGCAAUGCGAGUGAGCAGAAGCUGAUGCUGCUAGAGAAGAGUGUGUUUGAGUUAUCAAACCAGAAAUCAGGAGUUAAGCUAAUGAGAGUGAGCAGUAGCCGGAUUAGCUUCAAACGAGAGUGUCUCAAAGAAACAAUGUCAUUACUAACAAGUCAAUCUCCAAUUGAAAUUGAUUCACCCGAACUUGUUGUCGAGUCGGGUUCGAAAGAGAGGAGGAAAUGGUCACUAAAAGAGGAUCAAAUCCUCAUUGGGGCUUGGCUUAACACAAGUAAAGAUUCUGUGGUCAGCAAUGAGCAAAAAGCUGGUGCUUUUUGGAAGAGGAUUGUACAAUACUACAACGCAAGCCCUUAUAUGGUUGGGACUAUACCUAGAGAGCUUGGGCAGUGCAAGCAGAGGUGGGCUAGGAUAAAUGAGCAAGUCUGCAAGUUUGUUGGGUGCUAUGACGCGGCUCUUAGGGCACAAAAAAGUGGUCAAAACGAUGAUGAUGUGAUGAGAGCUUCCCAAGAGUACUUCUUCAACGAUCACUCCGUCAAGUUCAGCAUGGAACACGCCUGGAGGGAGCUGAGGCAUGACCAGAAAUGGUGCUCCACCUAUGUGACUAAGGACGGUGGGAGUCAAAAGCGCAAACCAGUCCAGGCGGAGGUUGAUAGACAAGCGGAAGUGGGAGAACGAGAGGAAAGACCAGUCGGGGUCAAGGCAGCUAAAGGUGUUACCAAGAAGAAGAAGAGUGGUAGAGAAGAAGAGUUGUCACAGUUACAUGGCGUGUUGGAAGUGAAAGAAAAACUCGCUAGGCAUAAACUGCUUGAUCGUUUACUUGGGAAAAAAGAGUCUCUAUCUGAGAUGGAGACAUCUCUUAAACAUUCUUAA